AUGGCCGCCAUCUUCAGUCCCUUUAGAAAUACCUACAAGUACCUGCAAAGGUCCGCCCACGAGCAACCAGUCGUAUUCUUUUCCCUACUCAUCGGCUGUACUGGUCCUCUGUUGGUGGUGACGAUUCCCCCUAUCAGGAGGUCAAUGGGAUGGAAGCCAGCAGAGAAGGUGCCCACGAGCUUUCCAGUACCGAACAGGGCAAGGGAAGAGCUGUCAGGGUAUGAUGAUGAAUGA